AUGAGCUUAAAAGGUUUGAUAUUAAUCUCUUUCAGGUGUUUCCAGAUACUUUCACUAAACGUGAGCUCAAUGGAUUAUGUUUGCAUUGUACCAACCAAGGCUGUGCUUGGCAUGGCACUUAUGAAGCACUCGAGGUGAGUUGGGGACUUGGGGUGGUAGAAGGAGAGAGGGAGAAAGACGAGAAAACCGUUUGACAGAAAGUUGUUAUUGAUUCUUGAAUUUUUAAAAAAAACUUGGAAAUUUCCAAACAAAAAGGGCACCUUUGAUGUUAAUUUAGUAUUUAGUACAGCCAUAUUAGCUUGUACAAAAAAGGGCACCUUUCAUCACAAAAAAGGGCACUUUUAGUCCUUUGAAAAAAUUGGGGGGGGGCACGUGCUCCCCGGUUCCUACGCCCCAGAUUGACUCUCAUUCUGCACAUAGCAGCAACAAAUGAAAUUAAGACAAUCCAACUUAUAAUGGAACAAUUUCUCUGUUAUUUAGGGACAUUCUGCUGUUUGUGAACAUGCUUUGAUAAACUGUAUCCAUACACAAUGCAAGAUGAAUUUCCAACGCUCUCACCUGGCCGAACACUUGAAAAGUGAAUGUGAAUAUCGGAAUGUGAAGUGUGAUUAUUGUGGGAAAGAUGCCACCUUUGCCUCGAUGAAGGUAAGUAACUUUUGACACUACAGUUCGAACAAUCCAGCAAGUUACGUCGUCUUAUGUAAUUAUAUACCUCAAACCUCGUAAUUAUCCUUGAGCCAGUACGGUAUACUCAGUUUUACUCGCUGUUCAUCUAGGAACAUGUUGAUACGAUCUGUGAAGGUGCGCCCGUGACUUGCAGAUACUGUAAGGAAGAUGUCUUGAGAAAAGACAUUGAAAGACACGAGAGAUGCGAUUGCUAUGAGGCUCCGGCGACUUGCGAGUAUCAAGAUGUGGGAUGCAACCAUGAUAAGGUAAUAAAUAGUUACUUGCUGUAUUCGGUGACACACGCAGGAGGGCCCCCUAUACUUUUUGCGUGAAGCGUGAAGGGCUUAUUUUACUUAGCCGUGAAACGUGAUCGGGCCCCCUAUACGUUUUGCGUGAAGGGCUUAUUUUACUUAGCCGUGAAACGUGAUCGAUGAUUUUCUUAAUCCUGUGACUCAUGAAAAGGCAAAAUAUUUUUACGUGAAAGCAUAUUUUGAAGAGGUAUAGGGGGCCCUCACGCAGUUUUUCUCCCGAUAAUUUUGUUACAGUCCUGUUGUAACUUUACACCAAUAUAGGAUGUGUUUUUUCCUUAUUAGAGCUAUCCAGUAUAAGCUUAGUUCAGGUUUUUACGCGUACUGUGAUGAUAGCAAUGGGCAGAAAGGGAUACGUAGUACAAAUAAAUAAGAUUUACCUCAUUUAACCCGCACCAGUUCCCUCAGAACUCUACUUCUCUAGUCUAGUUGGAUGGCCCUUAGUAGGCCUCUGGCCAGUCUGAAGUGUUAGUGGUAUAAAUUUAUUUUAAGUUUUCUGGGAACAAAACCAAUCCAUUCAUACUUGUAAUUGCGCUGUUUUGUGAAAAGUUUUAAAGUGCAUUACAAAAUCUUGAAUUUUUAACUUCACAACUUUGAUAAUAAUUCCUCUCAAAAAAAAUGGAAAAUGAUCUUCUGAGGCUUCAAAAGGCAAGCUUCCAGUCCCCUACCUUAAGGUCCAUCUACACGAUACGACUAGUCGUAUGCGAUUCUUAUCCUGGCGUGUGUACUCGAAUGAAUGCGUGUAAAAUGUCACAUUUCAAACUUCGCCAUAAACUGAUGAACAGGAAUAGUACACUACCUGACAUUAUUAUUAUUCAGCUCACUGCCCAUUGGGGCUUUUCAGUGUCCGAUUACAUCAAGUAUUACGAGUAAUGAAAAAUUGUUCGCUGUUGUAUCCGAUAGUUAAAACUUACGCCCAUAUUUUAAAAGCUCACUCACACUCACACUCAAAGAGUGGAGAUUGAACAGUCUGCAUGAGCUUCUCUUGAGUGUCAAUGAUGUUUUUGAAUAGCUGGAGGGUUAGUGCUGUACCUGACUAUGUGACUACUCACCCUUCAGCUAUUCAAAAACAGCAUUGACACUCAAGAGAAGCUUAGAUUGAACCUCCACUCAUUGAGUGUGAGUGAGCUUUUAGAAUACGGGCGUAAGUGUCAAAAAAAUAUAUUCCGAAAAGAUACGCACGUAAAAACGCACAACUUCUUGUAGUCCUGCAAACAAGGUGCGAGAAAUCUGUUUACAAGUUGUGUUCGCACUGCUUGUUCCCAGUUGUUGGAACAAGUUUGGAAAAAGCUGUUAACAACUUGGAACAAGCUAGCUUGAUGGCAUUACCAGACUUGUUACUUGGUUGUUCAAGUCAUGAAUCAUGAUAUAAGAAGAAUGUUACAAGGUUGACAAUAUUCUUAUAUCAUGACUGUAUCGGACCUAAUAAUGAAUCUAAUAAUGUCAACCAUGUUGUUACAAGUUGUUAAAAAGUUGUUCCAUACUUGUUGUUGAUAACUUGGGACAACCAGAGGGAGCACAACUUGUUGGCAGACUUGCUACAAGAUGUCAAGAUGUGAGCAAAUGCUCAACUGCUGCACAAUAGUCUUCUACAGGGUGUCUAAAAAAAAUGAUAUGAAAAGUCAACAGGCUUGUUGUGCAUCACCAACUUAACUAAACAAUUCAAUUUUUACAUAGAAUGAAAGAACAGUUAUUUAGCUUUUCUAUGAUACCUUUCGUAAACCGUAACGAUGAGAAAUGGCCACAUAUUCGUCAAAUAAAAAUUGUCGGUCGAAAACACAUUCUUCCACCGUUGGGAAUUGAAAAUACAUUAAUUAUGCAAAGUUAGUCAAUCCUAAAGCAACGCGACCCUGCUGCAAGGUACUUGUUUCGUAAAAUAUUUUGAUUACGAAUGUUCUCUGUUCCCUGAACCAUGUUUAAUGCAAUAAUGGACGUUCUUAUGGUCUCACUAAGACGAAGAUUGACGAGUUGAGCUUAUUUUAGAUAAUUCAAUUUUAAUUCAAUUUUAAUUCCCUCUUGGGAAUUGUUUAUGUUUCGUUUUCCAUGCAAUUCCCUACGGUGCUCUCAUCGUUACGAUUUAAAAAGAGUAUCAUUGAAAAGCUAAAUAACUGUUCUUUCGUGCUAUCUAAAAAUUGAAUUGUUUAGCCACGUUUAUGAUGCACGACAGCCUUUUGAAUUUCCGUAGCGUUUUCUUUAGAUACCCUGUAUAAUUUGCUAUUCAUCUUUGAUACAAUCUGUAGACUUUGAAGCGAAAGGAACUGCGCCAACAUUUGAAUGAUGGAUUGAUAGAUCAUGGUGCACAACUACUGCGGUAUACUCUUGCCGUUGCUUCUCAACUAAACGACUUCAUCCCACGUCCAGAAUAUACUGGGAUGUCGCAGAGAAUUCGCGACGACAUCACUGAGGUUCGCUCUGGCUUAGCUGAGAAAUUCGUCAUGGUUGUCGGGAAGUUGACUGGCUUGGAAAGACGGAUUGAAAACUUGGAAUCCAGUGGUGAGGGUGAUACAAGGAUUAGAAAUGAAGUGCAUGAGCUACAAAGUAAAAUUAGAGACCAUACUACUGAAAGCGGCAACUUACGUGAACGGACUAUGAGUUUAGAAGGAGAAGUGAGAGAUCAGAUCUCAAUUAUUGAUCGUUUUCGAAGUAGGAUGGAUCAAAUGGACGAGUCUCUUGCUUUGAAUACAGUUAAAAUUACCGAUUUGGAUUCUCAAAGAGGUCCGCGUGCACAACAAGCUAUCCACAGUUAUAAUGGCACUUUACUCUGGAAGAUUGAAAGUUAUCAGAGAAAACGGGAAGAUGCUAUUAAUGGAGUGAAGACGGCCUUGUACAGUCAACCUUUCUACAGCGCUCAGUAUGGUUACAAGAUGUGUGCCAAAAUGUAUUUGAAUGGGGAUGGUUUUGGAAAGGGAUCGCAUUUGUCGUUGUUUUUUGUUGUGAUGCGAGGCGACUACGAUGCUCUUCAAAGCUGGCCAUUUCAAAAGAAGAUCACGAUGAUGCUGUUGGAUCAAGGCAAUGGAGAUCACAUGAUCGAUGCGUUUAAUUCGGAUCCUCAAAGUUCAUCUUUUCAACGUCCAAAGUCUGAUAUGAAUAUCGCUUCGGGUUCCCCGCUCUUUAUGCCUCUUGAUAGCUUGAAUAAUCGUCAGUACAUCAAGGAUGAUGUCGUGUUUAUUAAAAUUAUCGUCGACUGAUGUAGAUUCUGAGCUAUUGGUUUCUCUGGCGAGUACACACGUGACAAUGAACCGGAAAUGGGAACUGUUGGACAAUUGAUGAUUCCCCUUCAGGGACGCCGGAACUGGGGGGGGGGCAGGAGGGGCAGCCGUCCCCGUUGCCCUUUACCAUGAGGGGCAAGGGGGGCAAAGGUGCCCUUUCAAUUUAAAGGAUUGUCUUGGCGAAAUAGCGAAUUGUCAGAAAUGUUAGUGCAAUUCUUUUACGAAUUUGCUUCAGAAAACGCAAGAAAUGCAGUCAUCGAGCUUCAAGAAUAGCACAAUCGCCUGGCGGAGAACCCCUCAUACCCUAUCAUCCAAUCAAUAGAAAACAUGAUUAGGUGAAGUUCAACUCCCGAUGUUUCGCAAAGAUCUCUUAGUAUAUAUCAAUUCAAAAGUGCCCUUUCACGAAAUUCUGCCCCCCCCCUUGCCUUCACAUCGUUCCGGCGUCCCUGUUCCCCUUAUUACGUACGUUUUCGUAGCGCUUUGCAUUGUGGUUAUAGUGGUAUCACUGAUAAAGAUAGUGGUCUCGAAUGAAAAUAUUGAAUGAUUUUGCGAAUAUUUAGCUGUUGGCUAUCGCGUACCUGACCCCUAGCUUGUUUUAAAAGUUCUUGCACGGGUCAGGACAAAAAUAAGCCAUCUUGAAUAUCAGUGAUACCACUAUAACCACAAUGCAAAGCGCUACGAAACGUAAUAAGGGGAAUCUGGUAUUAACUUCUGCGUUGGCAGGAUGUGCCGAUGUGGGAAACAUGGAAAACAUUUUUUGCCAGUUCUAGACAAGCAUGUUCCAAUUAGAGAAAAGAGCGUCAAAAGUAAGCCAGAUAUUCCUUGGCUGACAAAUGCAAUAGACGAUUCCCCUUAUUACGUUUUCGUAGCGCUUUGCAUUGUGGUUAUAGUGGUAUCACUGAUAAAAAUAGCGGCCUCGAAUGAAAAUAUCGAAUGUUUUCGCGAAUAUUUUGCUGUUGGCUAUCGCGCACCUGACCCUAGCUUUUUUUAAAAGUUCUUGCAGGGGUCAGGACAAAAAAUAAGCCAUCUUGAAUAUCAGUGAUACCACUGUAACCACAAUGCAAAGCGCUACGAAAACGUAAUAAGGCGAAUCGUCAAUUAAAAAACAAAUCCGUGAACGAGAUCGUCUCAAAUUCCUUGCUGUCUGAUGUAAUCGAUCGAAAUCGAAAUAUAUGCAUGUUUAGUUAGUAUAUUAACCAAUUACCAGAUGUUGUUAUUAUUGUUAACCAGUGGUGCAGGGCGCACUGCAACAAACUGCUGUUUAAAGUGGCACUGUCAUCAAAAUUUUUAUUCUCUUAAACGAAAAUGCUCUUAAAACUGUAUGGUAACUUGUUUUGAAGAUUUUUGUUCCCAUGCUUAGUUCUUGAGAUAUUUCAUUUUGUUUGUAACCAUGUCAGGGGCGGAUUUAGACCGUUGCAACCGUAGCAUAUGCUACGGUCAGAUUUUCCCUGAGAUAUAUUUUUCCAGGUUGUACCUUUUUUAAAGUUAUUAAAAACUAAAACGUUAUACUAUUUUUAAUUGCGGUUAUUUUCAAUUUUUCAUUGAAACUUGGUGAAAUUUUUUUAAAAUUUACUAAAUCAUAUUGAUACAAUUUUAUCGAGUUUUUAUUUCAUUUUGGAUAAUUAAAUUCGGGUUUUUCUCACAUUUCCGCCCGAAAUACUGCCUGUAUUUGCGGGUUUUGCACUAGUACUAUAUCACAUCGUUCUGAAGUCGUAGCAUUUGCUUCAUUGUGAUUGGCUUGCUUCGUCUAACCGUAGCAAACCAAUCAUAGCGCUGUAUUUGGAAAUUUUUGCAGUGGUCAGAUUGAAACUGACCGUUGCAAAAAUUCGCAAAUACGGCGUGCUGAUUGGUUUGCUACGGUCAGACGAAGCAAUCCAAUCAGAAUGAGGCAAAAUGCUACUGUUUGCAAUAGCCGCAUCGACUUCAGAGCGAUGCUGGCUUGUUAUUGUCGUGUCGGCUCCUCGUUGAAUUGAAUAGUCGGUAAAUUUUAAUCGCCGCUCGUUCCAAGGAGAAAGACAUGGCUUCUACAGGACUCCACGAUCUUCUCUGUAUAAUGAACGAAUGUAAACGUGUUUCAUUUAACGAAAAGGUGCACGAAAGAAUUCUGAUCGAAAGCUUUUGGUGUGAGAUUAUUGGCAUAAUUUGCAUUUCCCGCGAUGUGAACUGUGAAGACAGCGCUGUUUGAAUCACCUCCAUGUCAUGUCAUGUCAUUAAUAGAUCCACAA